AAUAAAAUAAUAUUUUGAAUCGUAUAUAUUGUUUGCACGUGGCCUCUGAAUAAACCGAUCUGUACCUAGGUAUGUAUCGUCAUCUUUACGUCGUCUGGAAAGCUUGAGUUGGAAUAGGGUCAGGGGGAUCGUUGAGAUUCCCCUGUAAAAAUCGCCUUGACCCCUUUAUUUAAUGCGGGGCGUGAUCAGCUUCGAAUAAACCCCGCCAUCUUCGGCUUUCCCCUCCUUUAUCCGAUCGAUCGCGGGCGUAUCCCCAUCACCAGAUCGUGAACCAGGGGAGCGAGCGAAGUCUUGCGGUCCGAAUGGCGCCUAGUAGCAAACCCUUCAUAUACUGCGAGGGUGCACCGUCAUGGGAUCCUGCCACCUAUGUGGCGGACACAGCGCUACACGAGCGCGUCGAAGCGUUCCUCGCCGCUGAUGAUUUACAGUCCGCCAUCAUCGCCUCAUUUGGCCUUCCGACGCCGCCCCGGCGCGAUCCUUACGUUUACCACGCUAUCGUCAGUGUGACCCUACCCGAAGUCCAACAUGUCGUUUCACUCGGUCGUCAAAACGGUUUACAUGACUGGUAUUUCGCGCCCGCGUCCGCCAAGAACGAUGAGGAUGCCCCGACACAACCCAAAUCCUCUCUAACCGCUCUCCCGCCACCCACGCGUCCAGACAUCGACGCCUACCUAUCCAUCUUCGACCCAAACACUUCAACACCCGCCGCCCUCAAAACCUUCCUUUCGAACGCCAAAAAGGGCAGUCUACGCGCCGAGAUCGCGACAUACCUCCUAUCGAAGCGAUACCUACACCCAACCCUCGAGGCCGAACUCACAAUCCCAAAGCGCGCGGCCAAGAAAAAGAAAAAGAGCCAAAACAAAAACACCGCGGACGCCGACAAUACCACUCCUCCCACAAACAAUACUGGCCCUAGUUCCAACAACAUCCCCUUCAACCCCUACCUCCCAUACCUAGCCUUUUCCGCGCGAGUCCUCGAAUGGGCCGGCCCAAGCCCCUCCUCCUCCCUCGCAGGCACGAAAUCACACCAUAUCCUCCCAAUCCUAAUGCACCACUUCGGCUGCGCCUGUCCAACCCACGAAGCCCUCUCCAUCCUCCGCAUCCUCGCGCGGGGCCGCGGGGUUCUGGACAUGGGAUCUGGCGGUGGGUAUUGGAGCUACAUGCUACGAGCCUAUGGCAUCGACCCCGUUAUCCCGGUUGAUAGCGCGCAGAGCGCUUGGAGGGUCACUUGGGUUAAGCAUACGGUUAUUGCUGAGGGUGGGGCUUGGUUGAGGAAGAGACGGAAGCAGAAUCGGAAUAUAACCUCCGGAGGCGGUAAUAGUGCGAUAGACCCCAAUGAACCGGUUCUGCUGCUUGUAUACCCUGUCGUCGGCGGAUCUGUCGCGGGCGGCGCUGAAGGUGGGUUUACCAAAACGAUGAUGGACGCGUAUUGCGGCGACACGUUAGCGGUUGUCGGGACGCAGAAUCGUAAUGGGUAUACCGGAUUUCGCGGUCUUAGUAUGGACAAAUACGUCGAGCGGGAGCGAAGCCACGAGGGCUGGGUUAAGGUAGUGCAGGUUGCGCUGCCGAGCUUCCCUGGUAAAGAUGAGGCCUUAUUCGUCUUCCAGCGAGGAGCGAGGGCACCAUCUAAAGAUACCGGCGCAGGUGGUGAAGUAGAUGAUAAUAAGGAUGGUAGUAAUCGUAAAAAUAGAGACGAUACGUAAGCGCCACUUCAUUCGGAUAGCUUCAUGGAGGUGAAUAUGUGUCAUUGUGAGUGCCUCUCAUUCCGAUGCGGACAGGUAAUUCCAUCUUGUAUUAAGUUCAUUCACAAGAACCACGACGACCGAUUAGUGACCAAUUAGUAGGAAAUAGGAAAAAGCACAUCGUAUCAUCAAGAGGGGAUCAUUAAUGCUAUCUGUUUCUGCCUAUGCUACACCCGGACCUUUCCAGCAAAACACGCAAUAGCGAG